AUGCAAAACACGGCUCUGAAUUCCUCUUUGGGGCUUGCUAUUGGAUCUGGUAAUAAUGGAAUGGUACUACCAAUGCAAGGCGUGCAACCGUCUGUAAUGCCAAACUCGCCAUUGUCCAAUCCUGGCAUGGGUGCGACAUCAUUACAACGUGGAUCUGUUAUGCCUGGUUUCCAACCAGCCAGUGGGUUGUCUGUCAUGACUGGUGGUAGUUCCCUAUUUAUGGGGCAGAGUAGUAAUCCUAUGCAGUCCUCAAGUGACCUACAAAUGCCAAAUCAUGGAGGCCAAGCAAACUUGUACCCAAUGCAUGGCUUACAGCAUUCAAGCCCACAAACAUCAUUUGGAUCCAUAUAUGGCAGCCUGAUCCCUCCUCCACCGGCACAAUCUGCUCAGGCUCCUCAUAAUCCUGCUGAUCAGUGGUAUUACGAAGAUCCCAAGAAAAUCAUUCAGGGUCCGUUCUCGUCGAAGGAGAUGUUCAACUGGUAUAGGGCGGGCUUUUUUAGCCCGAGCCUGAUGAUCCGUAGGGCCUGUGACGCACAUAUGCGGCCGCUCGGCUCCUACGGCCCAAUAGUACCCUUCGCGCAGAUGGAUAUCCUAUCACCAUUCCCGAUGUCCAGCGGUUUCGAUACCCGCUCUCAGGGACCGCAUGAUUUACUAAAUCCACAACAGGGACUCGGAUUGGAUGACGCUUUAUGGAGCCAACCGGCACCAACCCCCGAUCUGGUGUGGGUGCAGCAAUCCAUGAACGCGCGUAGCGAGUCUCGCGUCAACAGCCUCCCUUUGUUUUUCUGGGAUACGCAGCCUUCAGCAAUAACUUCUAACUCACUAUUGCCCGAGGAAAUAGCGAAGGAAAUGAAAACAGAAGAUCAAAUACUUGCACAGCUUAGAGCGUCGCAAAAUACUAGUACCUCUCAAAGUAUACCUUUUAUCAGCGAUCAGACGUCCGUUUCGACAUCAGUUAAUAGUAAGACCGAUGAAGCCUUUCCCCCAACUGUUAGCGCAACACCAAAUUUGGAAGAAUUGCAGAAAUUGAUUCAAACUGAUGCAUUAGCUUCACCAACGCCUCCUGCGACAGUCACAGAAUCAGAAGUGGAAAAUGGAGAAUCGGAGCAAAAAAGAUCGGUAGAGUCCUCACCAUCAAAAAGUAAAAAAGAAGAUAAGCAACACAAAAAGGAGCUUGAAAAAGAGAGAAAGGAGUGGGUUAAAGAAGGAUUCACCAUCGUGAAGGGUUCAGAAAAAAACACUAAAGAUACCAAGAAAAAAGUAGAAGACUCAAAAACUAAUGAGGAUGCUGACCGUAAGAGGAAAGAAGAGGAAAAGAACUCUGCUGAUGAAAAAAAGGAGAAAAAAAAUACCGAGAAACCGAAAAAUCAACAGCAGGAUGUCUUGCAGCGUCAAAAUGAGUCGAUGUCUAAGAAGGCACCAUGGUCGGCGGCUGCCACGCAAGCACAGGCCACACUCAAUGACAUGCCCCUGACCGAGAUACAAAGGCUCGAGCGGGAGAAGAAGCUAGAACAGAUGAAGGUGCAGCAGCAAAUGAUGCAGAUAAUAGCACAGCAGCAGGCAGCAGCCAUGGCCAGGGAGCAGGAAAUGCAAGCUGGACUUGGUUGGGCAAAAAAGAAGGGGACCAAUCCUAAUAUAGUUGAACAGAGUUUGACUGAGAUACAGGCGGAGGCGCGCAGGCAGUCGGCCGCUGCGGCGGCGGCGGCGGCGGCGCAGGCCUUCGAGGAGGCGCAGGCGGUCGUGCAGCAGCCCAUCAACGUCCCGUGGGCCACCGCCGCCAACGCCAGUGGUUUCUGGGAUGCACAUCCUCAAAAGGUCGGCGAUAAGCCUCAAGAGAAGGUGGUAGAGCCCAUCAAAAAUAUCAAGAAGAAGGCGGUGCCGGUGUUGCCGCCCCCUGUGAUAAUCCCUAAAAAGGAGACCACGCCAACUCCUGAAGUGGAAUUCGAGACUUGGUGCACAUCCAAUCUCAAUUUGUGGAGCACCAAGAUUGAUGUUCCAACGUUCAUCGGCUUCCUCAAGGACAUUGAGUCGCCUUACGAGGUGAAAGAUUACGUGAAGUUUUACCUCGGCGAAUCCAAAGACGCCUACGAUUUCGCCCGCCAGUUCUUGGAGAGAAGGUCGAAGCUGCUACGCGUCGGUAUGGUGACCCCCUCGGACGACCUGUGCUCACCAGCUUUGGCUAUCACCCCGCGCAACCCCUCCGGAUCCGACUACCAGGAGGGGAAGGGGAAGAAGAACAAAAAGAACAAAAUGCUGAAGGUGGACGCGCGCAUCCUAGGUUUCUCGGUGACGGCGGCUGAGGAUCGAAUCAAUGUCGGUGACAUCGACACAGCC